AUGGCAGACAAAAAGAAAGACGAGAAAAAGAAAGGGUUCACUAUUGGCCCAUUUGAGCAAGCUCUGCUAAUACUUGUUGUACUGGGUGUUGCUCUGGCAAAGGUUUCGGCAUCUUCAUCCAGAUCAUCGUCAAGCUCGAGCUCCUCGUCAGCAUCGAAGAAACCUCUGUCUUCGUCGGAUGUUCGAUCUGGAGGAUUGCCUUCCUCUUCGUCGUCAAAGAAAGUGGGCGAUCCUACCCCGAGACAAGUAUCCGGUUCAACGUCGAGCAAGGAUGAUCCGUCAAGCUCAGCUUUCAGGAAAAACUAUUUCCUGACAAUGCAAGGUCCUGGUCGACCGGCUCUGGUACCGUUCCAAGAUGGUCUUCGACCUAAAAAAGGUGAUCCAGCGGGAACGUUGUGGUGGGACAAUGUCCCAGAUGUGGCCAUCGUAUUCUUCUUAUGGAAGCAUUUCACCAACCUCCAUGACGAGUCAUUAUCCGAUGAGAAAGAUGCUAUAGAGAAAGAGAAAAAGGAGAUAGCCGAGAAGUUGAGAGACGCCAGGAAAGCAGGCAUGCCCUCACAAGAAUAUGCCGGUCUACAAAUGGCGCUACAGCGCUUGGGAUAA